AACCAUAUUUCAUUCUUCUUAAGGACCAGUACUUAGUGCGAUGGCAUUGUGUACAUAGAUAAGAGAGUCUCCGAAUUCGUUUGAUUCUUGUUUCGUUCAGUCAAAAACCACCCAGGAGUCUGUCGUACAGUGUGCAGAAUUAGAUAAUUAAAGGUGUUAUUUUCCUGUUCUAUUACCGAAACGCGAAAAGUUCGAUUUUCAUCGAGUGAAGAAUGUGUGCCUUUACAUGGAAAAAGAAUAAAGCAAAAGAGAAUUAAAUGUUAUAAUCGUAAAGAAACGAAGAAAUAAUGAGAGGAGACUUAGUAUUUCUGUAUCAAAUAGUUCCCGUGCAAUGUGUGUAGACUCUACAAAAAUAAUAUGGUAACUAAGACCAACGGGACAUCUGCGAUGACAACAAUGAAGGAGACGUUCGUUGAGGACCAAAAGAAGUCACGAAAUAGUAGAUUGCUCUAUGAAGAUGAAGAGAACGAAGAGGAACUCACGCUGGAAGACUUGGCUCCUGAUGGUGGUUGGGGCUGGAUGGUGAUGUUCGCCAUGAUAUUAAUAUUCGUUACAAUAUUUGGACCAUCUUCGUCGUUUGCAAUUAUAUAUGCUGACCUCCUUGAGGCGACAGGUCAGCCUGGCACUGCCUUGACCGUGUUUAAUUCAGUUUUUAUGAUCACGUUCUCUAUUGCUGGCUUAAUUACAAACACGUUGCUGAAGAGGUACGCGAUGAGGCCAGUAGGUUUGUUUGGCGCUGUGAUUUUCUCAGUGUCGAACACCGCUAUGGCUUUUGUCACCAACUUCUACGAAAUGGCUUUUCUCAAUUUAUUUCAAGGACUAGGCCUCGGACUGAUCAUCACGAUCUGUAACACGAAUUUCAAUGCUUACUUCGUGAAGAAACGAGCCCCAGUAAUGAGCGCGGCUCAAGUUAUCAUUGCUUUAGGUGGUAUUGUAUAUCCCAUACUCAUAGAGAAGUUAAUGACGGCUUACGGAUUUCGUGGCACUGCACUAAUAACGGGCGCCAUGAGCUCGAACUGCAUCGUGGGCAUGACUAUGAUGCAUCCAAUUGAAUGGCACGCAAGGAACCCGAAAGAUGUCCGAGCAGAAAGGGCGCGUGAAAGGGAGGAACGAAAAUUAUGUGGAGUAGUAUCGGUGAAUCGUCGUUCCGUGGACAUCUGCCACUUUUCCAUUUCCGCGAAAACAAGAUGCAGUAGCUUGACGAGUCUGAAGGGAGACGGCGGGAAACAAAUUCCGCUUUUGAUUGAAACGUUGAAGGAGCCAGCAAAAAGAGUAGCCUCAAUUUCAGAACUCGAGAGCAAGAUUCAGAAUCGAAUGAAGUCGGGUUCGAUGCGAGAACUUUUGACGAGACGCAUGUCGGCGCUUUCGUCUACCAGUGUGACGAAUUUAGUGACGAGUAUCGGGGCGUUCGGUGACAGGAAUCAUUUUGAGAAAAAUAAGGAGAAGAGAAAUGAAAAAGGCGUUCAAGUGUCCAUGAAUGACGAGAGUAACGAGAAAGGUCCUUUAAAAGAAAUUUUGGGGGAUCUUCUGGACAUGUCGCUAUUAAAGAACUUAUGUUUUUUAAAUAUGUGUUUUGGUAUUAGUUUUGUGUUGUCGAGCGACUUCACGUUUUCUUGCCUGGUGCCGCUAAUGAUGGCGAAAUCCGGUUAUAAUAAGGCACAGGCGGCUCUUGCAAUUACUAUCAGCGCAUCUGCGGAAUUAGCGUCGAAAAUUCUGCUCGCGAUUUUCACUCUGCUGGUGAAUGUCAAGUCGAAAUACAUAUUCUUCAUUGCUAUGAUUAUCAUGGCGUUCGCAAAGUUUGGUUACUUAUUUUAUAGCAGCUCCUUAUCCGGCACGUAUAUCAUGAUAGCAGUGAUAGGAGUAGUUAGAUCAUGGUUGUUAGUUCCUCAAGCAUUGGUUGUCAUAGAAGAUAUCAGUGUUGAUAAAUUCGCGUCCGCGUAUGGAAUCUGCGGUGCCAUUAGUGGCAUCAUCAAUAUUCUAUUUGGUCCAAUUGUUGGGUUGAUGAAGGAUUGGACCAAUAGUUUCGUGGUCUGUCAGCUUGCACUUAUAGCAAUGAACGUCCUGUUCGUUAUUCCGUGGUCAAUACAGUUCCUUUCAGUGGAAUUACCAAAGAGAAGAAAGGGACGGGCGGAUAAAAUGGCUGCCCAAUCUUCCGGUUUCACCCCGAAUUGAUUCACACCAACAGAAAUACGAAAGCAUAAAGAAUUCGUAAGCGCAGGCAAGAUGAAAAUGUCUACUUCGAGAGCAAACUUUUGCACAAAGCGAAAACAUUCCUGUAAAGUUUAGUAAUACAGCUGUACGAAUGUGUGAUAAAAUGCUUCAUUCGCGAAAUGAAAAUUUUGGAAGUGCAUCGUUCCUUAGUAAUUCUGCAAACUUAUUUUAUAGCAACCAUAGAGUGAAACAGCUUUUUCAUGAUAUUUCACAGAGUAGAUGUUUUAAAGUUGACUCUUAUACGAAUGUAAUGUCAACGAAAUAUUGUAACGAUUGUAGAUAUGUAAUUAGAGCAACAUAUAAAAUAGUGACUUUUAUAUUGACAGUGCUAUUAUCGAAGGUGAAAAUAAAAGAAAUUAUAACUUGGAA